AUGUCCAAUGGCACAUUCUUCGAUUCACCGAAGGGAGACAAUAUUGAAAAUACUAGUGUACGUGCCGAGAGUAUCAAAUCAAGUAAUCCGAAGAAGAGAACAGUUUAUCAUGGGUCACCAAUCAUUGAGAAUUCGUCCUUUUCUUCUCCCAAUAAGCGGCCGUAUUUACAGAGCAUGAGUCCAAACGUCUCGAGAAAGAUAGUUUACUCCAGCUCAAUGAGCAAUUCUGAUAAAGGACUUCCUCCAUUGAGGGCGCCUAUACCAAAUGCGAGGUCGAGAUCGUCAUUACUGGUUACACCGAAGGUUUCAUUGAGUCCUAAACACAAAUUGAGGAGAACAAGCUCUUUAUUGUCUGCAUCUUCAAAUUCAUUUGAUAAUCUGCAAUCAUCGGCAUCAGACAGAUUUAUCCCUUCCAGGCAUAAUUCUACCACUGGGAAACUUAAAACUACGCAUAUAGAGCCUCAUCCGAAUGCAUCACCUCAGACCCACAUAAAGGCUCAAACAUCAAAAAUAUACCAAACACACGUAGCCGAAGCUUGUGGUUUGGAAAUGCACUCAAGAAUCUUACAAUUUCAACCACAACCUCCAGAAAGAAAGAAACCAAUCGACUUUUUCAGCCUGAAAUCUCUGUCAUUCAAAUCAUCAGUUUUUAAGAGUUUGAAACCAGCUGCAGCAUCUGCAAGGGCUAAAAAAAUUCCAACAGCUCCUGAGAGAGUUCUUGAUGCUCCAAGCUUAGUUGACGAUUUUUAUCUCAAUUUAUUAGCUUGGUCACUGACAAACUUACUCGCAAUUGGCUUAGAAGAUGCCAUAUAUGUAUGGAAUGCUUCUUCGGGGUUUGUUGGAUUGCUAUGCGAAUUACCUAGCAAAACACUAGUAACAUCACUUCGGUGGUCUGACGAUGGCUCAUAUAUCUCAAUUGGUAGAGAUGAUGGUCUAAUUGAAAUUUGGGAUAUCGAAACUAAUUCGAAGUUGAGAACAUUAAAUUGCGAUAAUCAUCAAACGCGAAUAGCAUCCCAGAGUUGGAGCCAACACAUUCUUACAAGUGGUUCACGGCUUGGCACUAUUUAUCAUUCUGAUGUUAGGAUUGCACCUCACUUCAUUAAUAAAUUAGAUGACUCGCAUACUGCAGAGGUUUGUGGUAUAGAAUAUAGGAAUGAUGGCUUGCAGUUUGCAAGCGGAAGUAACGACAACUUAGUGUGCAUAUGGGACGCUAGACAAACGCAUUCAUUGACAGCAAACGGAAAUAGCUCUAGCCAGCCGAUAUAUAGUAAGAGAAGCCAUAGGGCUGCGGUCAAAGCUUUGAGUUGGAGUCCAUUUCAACUGUCACUUCUUGCGACAGGUGGUGGCUCGAAUGACAAAACUAUAAACUUCUGGAACACUAGCACCGGCGCGAGGGUGGAUACAAUUGAGACUGGAUCUCAAAUCAGUUCACUUAACUGGGGAUACGCCUCGGGCACUGGAAUCGAAAUUGUCGCGACACACGGAUUCCCGACUAACAACAUAUCUUUGUUUAAUUAUCCAACGUUGCAAAAGACAGGAGAGAUCUUAAGUGCUCAUGACUCAAGGAUAUUGAGUGGCUGUUUGAGUCCUGAUAACUUAACGUUAGCAACCGUCGCGGGUGAUGAGAAUUUAAAAUUUUGGUCAUUGUUCGAUCUAUUCAAGUACGGCCGAAGAGAGGGUGGGGAUAGACUCGAUAACACUUCUCACGGUGAUCUCGUUAAGAAUAAUGACGGGGACAGUAUUAAAAAAAUGAUAAACAUUCGUUAG